GCAGGCGCUGGGGCGGAGCCCCAGGUUGGGGAGGAGCGGGUUUUUCCCGUCUCCCAUGAGGUGAUUCACGGAGAGACCUCAGACUUCAUGGCCCUCUUGCUCUGCCCCUGAGUAGGUAUCUCGGGCAGGGCUGCCGGCCCCAAGGGGUGCCUUGGGAACGAUUCUGCCGCAUGUGAUGAAAGUGUCAGCUCUCAGGGAAGGCACACCCAUGGCUUCCCCACCGCCCCGGGAGAUGGAGGAGGAGCUGGUAUCUGCUGGCUCCGAGCCAGGUGACCCUCGGGCCAAACCUCCCGUCAAGCCCAAACCCCGGGCCCUGCCUGCAAAGCCAGCCCUGCCUGCCAAGCCAAGUCUGCUGGUGCCUGUUGGGCCUCGGCCCCCUCGGGGUCCCCUGGCUGAGCUGCCUUCUGCCCGGAAGAUGAACAUGCUGGCAGGCCCCCAGCCCUAUGGUGGCAGCAAGCGUCCCCUUCCCUUUGCACCAAGGCCUAUGACCGAGGCCUCUACUGGAGGAGAAGCCCCUCGAGAGACUGGGAAAGAGGAGGCUGGGAAAGAAGAGAUACCCCCUUUGACACCCCCAGCCCGAUGUGCUGCCCCAGGAGGUGUGCGGAAGGCCCCUGCCCCCUUCCGUCCAGCCUCAGAGCGCUUUGCCGCCACCACGGUGGAAGAAAUCCUGGCCAAGAUGGAGCAGCCUCGGAAGGACGUCCCUGCCAGCCCUGAUCGCCUCUGGGGCUCCCGCCUCACCUUUAACCAUGAUGGCAGCUCGAGAUAUGGCCCCAGGACCUAUGGUGUGGCCACAGGUCCCAGGGAUGAGGACGGUGGGACCCUCUCCAGGGGAUGGUCCCAGGAGGGGCCAGCAAAGUCUCCCAGCGAGUGCCAGGAAGAGCACAGCAAGACCCCUAAGGAGAGGAACACCGCCCCUUUGGACCUGGCCUUCAACGGGGACCUGGCUCUGCCAGCCGGCUCGGACCCACCUGCUGAUAUCGCCAAGCGCUGGGACCCCUCGAGUCCAGGCCCCGCCUCAGAGAAUGGAGGCUCCGCCAGCCCAGGCCUCCCCACUGAAGUCUCAGGCCUAGCCCAUGGGUCUCCCCGACUUCACUCACCUGAUGAGGGGUCUUCCCAACUUCACUCACUUGAUGAGGGGUCUCCCCGACUUCACUCACCUGAUGCGAGCUCUCCCCGCCAUUCUCAGCUUCCAGAAACCCAGAGUCCUACAGUUUCUGGGCCUUCUCCCUGCCUCCCUAUGACCCCAGCAUCUCCAACUGUAGCCCUGCCCGAUGAGGGUCAGAGCUCCUGCUGCCCCCCAAGCUCAGGGCUCCCUGUUGUGGAAGCCCCAGAGGCCCCCACACCUGGCAGCCCAGCCCUUGAGAAGGUCUCGGGGCACCGCAGCCUGGAGCAGCCCCUAGCUACCUCUGCCCAGCCCCUGAUGGAGGGGGGUGAGUUGCUGGACCUUCCUCGGACGUUUCCAUCUGGGGAUGUGGUGGCCAAGGGUGACAUAGACCGUCCCAUCAGCCUGGUUCAGCGCCGAUUUUCUGAAGGUGUGCUCUGGCCACCUAGCCGGGACCAGGAGGAGCUGGGGGGCUCUCUGACUGCCCUGCCCCAAACCCAGGGGAGCCAGUCUGCCCUGGAUCGUCCCUUUGGGAGUGGGACAGAGUCCAACUGGAGCUUGUCACAGUCCUUUGAAUGGACCUUCCCUACUCGGCCUUCGGGUCUGGGGGUGUGGCGGCUGGACUCCCCACCUCCCUCCCCCAUCACUGAAGCCACUGAGGCCGCCGAGGCCGCCGAGGCUAGUGACUGGGCUGCAUCCAGCAGAGAGGAAGGAGUGUCUGAGCAGGGGCGAGGGGCCCAGUCAGCUCCAGAGGGGCCAGGAAGGCCUGGGUCCUGGGUGCAGGCGGAUGACCUGGGCAUCUCCCCAACCCAGAAGGGGGAUGGGGAGAGUCAGCUCCAGUCCCCAAUUCCCCUCAAGCCCUUCUCAACACCAGGGGGCCCACCUGGAGUGGCCUUGCUGCAGGCAGAGGAGAGGUGUGAGGAGCGGGAGCCCCUGGCUGGACAGGAGUCCCUGCUCCCUCUGGCCACCAGGGAGGCCACUCUGCCCGUCCUGGAGCCAGUCCUAGGGCAGCAGGAGUCAGCACCCCCCGACCAGCCCUGUGUCCUCUUUGCUGAUACCCCGGACCCCCAGCAGGCCUUGCCUGCUGAGGAGGAGGCCAUGACCCUGGCCCACGCUGAGGCCACCCAAUCCAGGACGGAAGGUCGAGAGCCCUGUAGUGUGUCGCCUGAACCUGCAGGCCCUGACGGCAGCUCCCGCUGGCUGGAUGAGCUCCUGGCCUCACCACCACCUAGUGCGGGCAGUGCUAGGCGGGGAGCUGGAUCUGAGCUCAAAGACGCGCAGACCCCAGGUGCCUGCUCCGAGGGACUCCUUGGCUGGGCCCAGAAAGACCUGCAGAGUGAAUUUGGGAUUGCAGCAGACCCACCUCCCAGCAGUUUCCGUCCUUCCAGCUGGUCCCAGGACACUUCUCAGAACUAUGGCCUUGGGAGUGCAAGCCCUGGAGGGGACCCAGGCCUUGGAGAGGGAGACUGGACCAGCAAGUGUGGGCAAGCAGCAGGGGAAGGGAGUGCCAGGGAGUGGGCCAGCAGGUGUGGCAUUGGCCAGGAGGACAUCCAGCUCGCCAGCCGGGAUGGGAGUGGAGUGUCUGCCCCAGGGGGCCUUGCCGCCCAGGACUGGAUGAUCGGAAAGCCAGCCCAGCUUGGUGCUCAGCAGAGCCAGGAGGCAGAUGUUCCAGACUGGGAGUUCAGAAAGCGGGAUUCCCAGGGCACUUACUCCAGCCGGGAUGCGGAACUCCAAGACCAGGAAUUUGGGAAGAGAGACUCGCUGGGUACUUACAGCAGUCGGGAUGUAAGCCUUCAGGACUGGGAAUUUGGGAAGAGAGACUCUCUGGGUGCUUAUGCCAGCCAGGACAUAGACGAGCAGCGCCAGAAAUUGGGGAAGAAGGACCACCGUGGCAGGUACAGCAGCCAGGAUGCAGAUGGGCAGGACCCGGAGUUUGGCAAGAGCGUGUCUUCGCUCAGCACCUUCAGCAGCCGGGGUGCAGAGCCGCCGGAUCAGGAUUUUGGGAAGAGCGCCUGGAUGAGGGACUACAGCAACAGCAGCAGUUCCACAGCCGGGGGCCCUGAGGACCGAGGCUUCGGGAUGAGAGCCCUGCGCGCCGGCUUCAGCCCUGAGGAAGCCCAGCAGCAGGACGAGGAGUUUGAGAAGAAGGUCCCGAGUGGCGGAGACGGCCCAGGCGAGACCAGCAGGGAGGCCAGCCAGCCUGAGGAGAGAGAAUCGGGGGGCCUGUUCGGCCCCAGCACCCCCCAGGGCCAGGAUGGGGCACCGGGACAGAGAGACCAGAGCAGCUCGCAUGGCGGCGGUGCCGGCCCGGAGGCAGGGGCCCAGAGCCCGGGCCAUGCCGGCCAGGAAGACAGGGAGGUGGGCCGGCGAGGCUGGGCGGGCGACUUCGGCCACGGUGUCGUCCCCCAGCCGGAGGCCACCUUCAGCCCGGGGCAGCGAGAUUGGAGUGGCGACUUCUGCGCAGAAGCCUCCGAGAGAGGCCAUCAGUUCGGCAUCAUCGGUGACGACCGGGCGGGCAGUGCUGUUCUGAGCCCUUCUGGCCAGAUGGCGGGUGGCCCCUUCGUGCCUCCAGAGAAGACCCCGGCCGGGCCUGUGGACUGGACUGACCAGCUGGGCCUGAGGAACUUGGAGGUGUCCAGCUGUGUGGUGGCUUCUGGGGGCUCGAGGGGCACCAGGGAGGAAGCUAUGGGACACAUGAGCUGGUCAGACAAGCUGGGCCUGAGAGAUGUGGACCUGGCCGGCCGUUUGGAGGCUGGAGGGUCCGAGAAGCCCAGGGGGAUUGGGGUCGGGGAGAAGAAGGACUGGACCUCCAACAUCGGGGGGAGGAGCAGAGAUCUGGCUGGUGUCGGGGAGGUAGGGAGCCCCAGCCAGGCUAGAGAGAGUGGCGUGGGACAGACUGACUGGUCGGGUGUGGAGGCUGGAGAGUUCCUUAAAUCAAGGGAGCGUGGGGUGGGACAGGCAGACUGGACACCAGACCUCGGGUUGAGGAGCAUGGCGGGGGCAGGUUGUAGCCCCAGAGAGCUUGGGGCGGGCCAGGUGGACUGGGGCAGCAGUCUGGGCCUAAGGAAUUUGGAAGUGCCAUGUGACCUAGAGUCUGGAGGUUCUCGGGACCCACGGGGAUGUGGAGUGGGCCAGAUGGACUGGACCCAGGACUUGGGACUCCGGGACAUGGAGCUCUCGGGGGCCCCGAGUGAAGCCAGGGAGCAUGGGGUGGGAGAGGUCAGCCAGUGCCCGGAGCUAGGGCUCAGGGACCACAGCACCUUGUCCCCGGGCCUGGAGGCCAGAGAGCUGGGGCCUGGCGGGACAGGUGGGCCAGAGACCCACAGUGAAGACCACUCCACACCUUCCCUGGAGACCUGCCCUGAAGACCCUGGGAUGGAGACAGGAGAAGCCCCCGGCUUUGGAACCAGUCCUGGCAGGUGCCCGGCCCGCCCCCCGCCCUCUGGCUCCCAGGGCCUGCUGGAGGGGAUGCUGGCCACCAACAACUCCAGGGUAGCGGUCCAUGGGGGAUCCGCAGCCUCGGGCCUCAGGGGCCUGUUGGAGGAGGAAGGAGCCACAGUGGGUACUGACCAGGGGGAGCCCCUGGAGCCUAGCAGGGACCCUCUGCCUUCCUGGAGGCCACAGCCAGAUGGUGAAGCCAGCCAGACAGAAGAGGUGGACGGCACCUGGAGCCCUGCAGGGGUUGGGCAGGGCGAGGAGGGCCCGACACGGCCCCCUCGGCGGCCCUCCCAAGGCCCUCCUCCCCGCUCUCCCAGUCAGGACUUCUCCUUCAUUGAGGACACCGAGAUCCUUGACAGUGCCAUGUAUCGGAACCGUGCCAACCUGGGGCGCAAGCGAGGGCACCGGGCCCCGGCCAUUCGGCCUGGGGGCACCCUGGGCCUAUCAGAGGCAGCGGACUCGGACGCACGCCUGUUCCAGGACUCUACGGAACCACGAGCUUCUCGGGUGCCGUCUUCAGACGACGAGGUGGUGGAGGAGCCUCAGAACCGCCGGACACGGAUGUCCUUGGGCACCAAGGGGCUGAAAGUCAACCUCUUUCCUGGCCUGAGUCCAUCAGCCCUGAAGGCCAAGCUGCGCCCCCGGAACCGCUCAGCUGAGGAGGGGGAGCCUGCGGAGAGCAAGCUGAGCCAGAAGGAGUCCGCCGUGCAGCGUUCCAAAUCCUGCAAGGUCCCGGGGCUGGGGAAGCCCCUUGCAUUACCUCCCAAGCCAGAGAAAUCCUCAGGGUCAGAAGGAUCAUCGCCCAACUGGCUACAAGCCCUGAAGCUGAAGAAGAAGAAGGUCUGAGAAGUCCUCGAGGUCCUUCCCAUCGGGCAGUCUCAGGCAGUGCCCAUUCCUGUGGGGUCCCCGGCGGGGAGAUGGCUGGAGCCCCACCAGGUCCCAGGCUGCAGCCUCUGUCCCCCUCCACGUGAGGAGCGUCUGGGGAGGCACAUUUAUGCACUUUGUAUCCCCCCCUCCUUCCCUCCUGACCAGAUUCAGGCAUUAGUGGUUGAAGGUUUUGGUCCCUCCUCCCUCGCUCUCUUUACACCUCCCUCUCUGCUUCCUCCUCCAGCCUCCCUUGGGUUUUCUUUUGAUACCAGUUUAUAGCAUUUUUAUAAAAGCCUUUGAUUUUUGUAAUGGGCGGAGCCCUGCCCCAGCCCCAGCCCAGGCCUCCCUCCAUCCUGCCAGGUGCCCCACAGAGACCAAGAACAUUUUGCCACUUGCAACAAUAAAGUUUUUUGGGAAUUGG